UUGAGUUAUUCUGAGACGGUGUCAUACAGCAUAGUCCAAAUCCAAAACCUCCCAUUCUCUUGUGUACAUGCUCUGAUCCGAGAUCCGAGAUUCAAGACGGGGAGCUAUGGGGUGUUGAUUGUUACCGCUUCCACCCCGUUAGAUGCACGCUCUAGCCAGCAAGAUGCAUACGGUGGGGGUCUUCGCUCAAUCGGGGAGGGGAAGCUUUGA